AUUUGUAUCAUGGAGACUGAAAAGCUGGAGCAAACAGAGGCCUUUGACAACACCUCUGGGCCUGCCACCUCCCUCCCUGACUGGAUGUCAAGCCUACCUGGACAUUUUUCUUUGUCUGAAAUUUCAGUCCCUGGUACUCAUGACUCCAUGAGCCUGUUUGGUGGCUCAAAGAUCCGGUGCCAGAGCUGGCCACUCGCAGCUCAGCUGGUUGCUGGUGUGCGCUUCCUGGACAUUCGCUGUAAGCUAGAAGGUGGCCAUUUCCUCAUCUACCAUGUCAACACAUUCCAGGAGGCCAACUUUUCUGAGGUACUUAAGACCACUUUGAGCUUCCUAGAGGAACACCCGCAGGAGACAGUCCUUAUGAGGGUCAAAGAGGAACUCCCAAUUAUUCCCAAUGCAGACUUUGCCCCUCGCUUGCAGCGUUAUCUGGAGGAAGAAGGCCAGGGACGAGUUUGGGCAAAAGAAGCCAUUCCCACUUUAGGCCAAGCUCGGGGGAAAGUUGUCAUCCUGGAGGAACUAGAGAAAGAAGUGCUGGGAGUACCUUAUGAAGAGCAGAGUAUUGGUGAUGAUUGGCAUGUUCUCUCACCAGAGUGCAAAUGGGACCAGGUCAAGAAGCACCUGGGCAUGGCAACAAGUGGUGACAAAGCUGUCCUUUAUCUUACCUUUUGCUCUGGUAAUGGCCUCUUCACCAACCCUGAGGAACUUGCCAGAGACAUCAAUCGACGUUGUUAUGAACAUCUGAAGACUCAGGCUAAGAAAACUGAGCGCUGGGGUGUAGUAAUCAUGGAUUUUCCUGGCACAGGACUGAUUCAAACCAUUGUGGAGAGCAACUAUGGCACAUGGAACACCACUGCUUAG